AUGCCUUCGGCUUACAAGAGCAAAGGCAAAGGCCGCGACGCACGCCAGUCGCGUAGUCGCAAUACCACCCCAUCCAGCGCUAGUGCCCCUACGAUUCCAGGACCUCCGCUUCAGAAUUACCUGGAAAAUGAUGUAACCAAGCUCAUUGAUUUGGCUAAUGGCCAAUACUCCAAUGUAUUGGACCUGUUGGCCGCGCAGAAUAUCCCCGAUUCGAAAACACUCGAAGCCUUAGUGGAACACCUGAAGAGUCUCAGUGAUAUGGCUGAUGCUCGGGGUGAAGUCUGCAAUGCGGGGAUGCGGGAGAUGUCCCAGAAGCGCAAGGAAGUGAUGGAGGACCAGGAGCUUGACCGUGAAGUCCGAGACCGAGCAAGAUUGAAGCGCGAGACAGAAGAAGAGGAUGAUAUCCACAAGGGCGGGAAGCUGAAAAAGCGGAAAGAGCGCGCGAGUGCAAAGGAGGAGAGGCCAUUGACCCAUGGAGCUCAUCAGAUUGGACGCCAGGAUGGUGCUGAGACCAAGAUUGAGGGAGCGGCCUCCCCAGCAUCGAAAAUCUCCAAGCGUGCUGCAUCCGAUGACAGCUCCUCGCUCUCACCACCCUCCAUGAUGUCUCCCAACGGUGCGACCACCGCUGGUGACGGGGCAGCUCCCCCCGGCUCCCCCGGCUCUGAGACCAGCAAUGAAUCACACCAACCUGAACCAGCUCCUGCUGUGCCUCAAAUCCAAAUCUUCGGUGACAAUCCACUGAAGUUUGACGAUCCUACCAUUUACGACAUACGCGAUGUUCACCCGGAUAUGACUGAUGAGGAGAAGAAAGAGAUUUACAGCGUUGCUCGAUUCCCCAAGAGCGACCUCGCCCAUAUGCUAGCUGGUGUUGCUCCCGACAAAGACUUUAGCAACGCGAAGCCAUCCAAUCAAGUCAGCGCCAAUACUUUCCUCACGUACAUUGAGCCGUACGUUCGGCCUCUUACUGAGGAGGAUAUUGCCUGGCUGAGAGAGCGAGGAGAUCGCGUCACUCCAUUCAUCAUCCCACGUCGCGGAAAGAAGAGCUAUCGUCAGCUUUGGGCGGAGGAAGAUGGUGUAUCCUACGAUUCGAGCCAAGAUGACAAGGAUCAGCUCCCAUUAAACCAAGGCCGUGGCAGCAUCGACACAUUGACUGAUGAGAAAGCGGAGACGAACGAGGUCUCUGUCGGACCCCUUCUGAGCCGACUCUGCUCACUCUUACGUUACGAGCACCGAACCCUCCCCGACGAUAAUGCAAAUUCAACUACAAGCGAAAGCGGCCUUGGUGGAGACGCAAUGGAGCUUGACCAACCCAAUGGCGAACCAGAAAUCAAGAACGAGAAACAAUCACAACCUCCUGCAACAGCUUUCCGCGACGCCGAUCCAAAUGGCUUCAAGACUUCUGUCGCAAAACUCGAUCAUGCCCAACUCGACGAGCGUGCCAAGGCCGAGCUUCGAUACAUCGGAUUCCUCGGCGCGGAUGAUAACCCAGACUAUGACGCGCACUACGACGAUGAGGUUGCCGAGCGUCUCCGCCUUCUACAAGGAGAGCUUAAGAAACAAAUUGUCACCAAUAACGCGCGCAAAGCUCGCAUCCUAAAGAUCGCCCAGGAGCACAUGGCCAUGCUCGAAUUCACCACUAUCCAAGACGACCUCGACACUCAGGUCCAGCAGGCUUAUCUCAAGCGCACUCGUACCAUGGGCAAGAGCAAAAAGGGUGCUCAGGCUAAACAUCGACCCGGCGGUGCGGGUGGUGGCAGCCACGUCGCUGGCGCUGCGGGCAUCUCUCGUCCUGCUGUUGGAGACGCCGCCAAGAUUGUCAUGGAUCGUCGCCGCCGCUGGAACGAGGCUUUCCUGCCUAUCUUCGAUGAUAUCAAGACUACUAUUCCUUCGGAGGAAGAGUCGAUCUUCGACCCGGCUGUUAUGGCCGAGCAUGAAAAGGCUGAACUUGAGAACUGGGAGGAGGAGUAG